AAAUGCAAAACAAAUAAACAAAGAACCGAAAUACGUGCGAAGUACGCUAGCUCGUCAUCACUGCUUUCACAUUCCAGACUAACAGGCCGGUUACUUUUGAAACAAGGGACCUCGGUAACAAUGAAACUGGUUUGGUGGAUUUGCACAAUAGCGCUGCUGCUCAUCUGUAAGAAAGGAGUACAAGUUUUUGGAGUCUUUUUAUGCACUCCUCCCUGUUUGUUGGUGUCCAACACAUCAGAUAUCAUUGCUGUCGAUUACAGAACUACAGUCAUCGACAUCGUUGUUUCUGGUCUGUCAAGAGCUAUAGCCAUAGACGUACAUUUCAGUCUGGGCUACAUAUUUUGGAGUGACGUAAAAAAACAUAACAUCAAACGUCUCCACAUUCAGUCAGGCAGCACCACAACAAUCAUGAGUGGUAUUUAUGGUUGUGAGGGAUUAGCAGUGGAAUGGAGGACAUCGCAAUUGUACUGGACUGAUACCAUAUCUGAUACAAUAUCCAUAUCAGACCUGAAUGGCAACAAUCGACGUACGAUUAUUUCCUCUGGACUUGACAAGCCCAGAGCAAUUGCACUGGAUCUUGACAGUGGAUAUAUGUUCUGGACGGACUGGGGAGGUUCACCAAAGAUCGAAAGAGCAUCACUGAGUGGAAGUCAAAGACUCGCCAUUGUAACAACAAACCUUCAAUGGCCCAAUGGUAUUGACCUUGACGAAGGAAACAAACGGAUCUACUGGGUAGAUGCUAAGUUAGACAAAGUAGAAUGUGUCGAUUACAAUGGACACAAUAGAAAGGUUAUCCUUCAGUACAAUGGCCUACAUCCCUUUGGUGUGGCACUGGUUCCCCCGUUCUUGUUUUUCACCGACUGGGCUACGCUUAAAGAGUUCCACCAACUAGAUGCCACAACUGGUGAAAUCCUUCGUAGCCACAGCAUAAAUGGCGGACACCCUAUGGGUAUUGUGCCUUAUGACAGCACUCGGCAACCCUCAGGAGGAAGUAGCUGUGCUGCAGCCAAUGGAGGAUGUAGUCAUUUUUGUGUCCCAAAAACUUCUGGAUACGAAUGUGUUUGUCCUACUGGAUUGACAGUUAAGAAAGAUGGGAAGACAUGUGGAAACAGGAUGAAAAACUUUCUUCUUUUUGCUGACGCCGAUGCUAACACUACAAAUAUAAUUUCACUGGACGUUAGCUAUCACGUGGCUCAAGUUUUGUUCCGACACCUCGGAAAACAGCGCCCUAUUGCAUUAGACUUUGACUCACUUGAGGAUCGUGUGUACUGGUCUGACACUGCUCAAGGCCUCAUCAUCAGCGCUUUUUUCAAUGUUACUGGCGUAAAGAUUCUGUUUCGUAGUAAUGUCCUGACUCCCGAAGGGCUAGUAAUCAGUCACAUGUCACGAACCAUUUAUUGGACUGAUACAGGAACGAACAGGAUCGAAGUAGGUAGCCUUGAUGGUACAAGAAGGAAACUACUUUUCAAAGAUGGACUUGACGAGCCCAGAGCGAUAAUACUCAAUGAGAGAAAUGGGACGAUGUAUUGGACUGACUGGGGUGCCAAUCCGAAAAUAGAGAAAGCUGGAAUGGAUGGUUCACGAAGACGAUCGAUUGUGACUAGAAAUUUGGUCUGGCCUAACGGACUUACUGUUGACCAGGCUGCAAAUCUUCUGUUCUGGGCUGAUGCUAAACUGGACACUAUAGAGAUGUCUGACCUAGAUGGAGGAAGUAGAAAGGCUAUAAUGUCAUCUGCAGCUGAUAUUCACCCCUUUGGCCUGGCCUUGUACCGAAACGUGUUGUACUGGACUGACUGGGUAAAAAAGAGCAUUUCAAGUCUAAACCUUACAAGUAGAAACCAGCAGGUUGUAGUUACAGGCCUUCAAAAACCAAUGGAUAUUCGUGUUUUUGAUUCAUCCUUGGACUCAGGUUCUCAUCCUUGUGCUCAAAACAGUGGUAACUGUAGUGAUUUGUGUCUUCUGAGGCCAGGAGGAUAUCAAUGCUCAUGUUCAACUGGGAUGGUGCUCAAGCCUGAUGGUAGAAGCUGCGACUUUGAUUCGUUCCACGCGACGAGCUCUGAAAAAUUUCUGAUUUUUGCUGAAGCUGACUCUGGGGAAAUCUACAAGAUUCCGCUUACGGUGCGGGAGAAGCCUUGUUAUCCCCUAAAAAUCACCAAAAACAUCUCCAGACCAGUGGCGGUGGACUAUGAUCCUACUGAGGAUAAAAUUUACUGGACUGAUGUGACCUUAAAAGUUUUGGCAAGAGCAUUUCCUAACGGGACUUCCGUAGAACUCAUUUCCCACAUUAACGUGGAUACUCCUGAUGGAAUAGCUGUGGAUUUUGUCGGGAGAAAUCUAUAUUGGACUGAUGCUGGAACGAGUAAAAUUGAAGUUGCUUGGUUGGAUGGUUCGUAUCGGAGGGCUCUGAUUACAUCAAGUAUAGAAAAGCCCAGAGCAAUAAUGCUUGAUAUUCAAGAAAGGAAGAUGUAUUGGAGUGAUUGGGGAACAUCUCCGAAGAUCGAACAAGCGAACAUGGACGGUUCCGACAGAACAGUUCUUGUUAGUUCUGGAAUCGUGUGGGUGAACUCGCUCGCAAUAGAUUUUCAGAAUAGUCUGCUGUACUGGUGUGACGCAAAACUUGAUAAGAUCGAACGGGUAAAUCUUCAAGGGAAUAACCGCGUGGUUGUGUUGGAUUUAUCACCCAGUAACCUGCACCCGUUCGGAUUGGCACUAGCUGAUCAUGUGCUCUACUGGUCUGAUUGGAAUAAUCAGAGCGUUCACACGUACAACAUGACGUCCAAUGUGAGUGACGUGUUGGUUCUUGGUAUGGGAAGACCAAUGGAGUUACAUAUUCACAAUGAAAUGGAUAUCUACAAAGGAUCGACCAGCUGUUCUCAAUUGAAUGGAGGUUGCAGUCACAUCUGCCUCCCGAAUCCAAACGGCCAUCGAUGUUUUUGUCCUGAAGGAGUGCAGCUUAAGAGUCACGAUGCCUUUACUUGCCAAGGAGUUAAUCGUUGUCAGCAGCUAUUUGCACCAAACCACGGCAGUAGGGAGCCAUGUUCCAAUUUGCCAGGGAAAACAUGUCAAUUUUCUUGUGACAGAGGAUACAUCUUGGCUGGAUCAUCUACACGAACAUGUAGCAAUGAUGGAACAUGGACUGGGACCCAGACUCAGUGCAACCCUAUCCCUUGCACAGUUUUGCCAACUCCUGCGAAUGGAAUCCGGCAGGGCUGCACAGGAACGGAUAAAGAAUAUUACAACACCGUCUGCCGGUUCUCCUGUCAUACUGGGUUCAACCCAAUUGGUUCCUCUUCGAGAAAAUGCACAGAAAACGGAACUUGGAGCGGCCAAUCUUUUGUUUGUGAAGCCGUAACCUGCCCACCUCUGACAACUCCACCAAAAGCCGUAAUCUUCAAUGCUUCCUGUGGCAAUACAUAUGGAUCAAAUUGCAAGUUUGGUUGUGAAAGUGGUUAUGGAGAUCCCAGUGGAAAUGAAACACGAACGUGCUUGCAUACUGGAAAUUGGAGUACAAAUAUCAUCAACUGCACAGAUAUUCUAUUCCCGUCCUUUGGAGCUACUUGUCCUCAAGGUCCCUUGUUGAUAUAUGCAGAGCGUGGAAGGUUCUCGGCCUAUGUGAACUGGACCGAGCCGGUCGCUGUCGACAACUCGGGAGUUGUAGCAAUGACAUCAAAUUACCAACCCCCCCAAAGGUUUAAUCAAGGCACCCACGUGAUCACGUACUCUGCAGAGGACCAAUCAGGAAAUAGGGCUAUCUGCAGUUUCACGAUUAAAGUGAUAGUUAUCAACUGCACAGCGUUAAUGGUGAACUCAGGAGACGUGCUGCGCAUGAGCAGUUGCAGCAGUCAUUAUGGAGCGCAAUGUAACUUUUCUUGCCCCACUGGUUAUCGUUUGAAUGGCUCCUCAACAGUCCAGUGUGUUUCUCUCGCUAACAAACCACCAGGGUUCUGGGACAGUCCUUCACCGACAUGCAAAAUUGUUGAGUGCUCAUCGCUUCCCAUCCCAUUGAAUGGAUUUAAAUUUGGCUGCCUUGACAAUAUUUCUGAGCCAUAUGACUCACGAUGUAGCUUCUCUUGUGACGUUGGGUAUAAUCUCUAUGGUUCAUCUAUUCGGCACUGUCUGGAGAACGGCACUUGGAGUGGAGAAACGUCUUCUUGUUCAGUGAUUAAAUGUGGACCGCUCGUUCCUCCGAAAAACGGAAUCGUUUUUCCACUGUCAUGCCAAUCGAGUAGUAAUUACACCCAGACUUGCCAAUUUGCUUGUCAAACACCCGGAUACGUUCUUGAUGGGACUGUGUCACGAGUAUGUAAUAACAGAGGUUCAUGGACUGGGUCAAACGAUACCAGAUGCAGAGACAAUACUCCUCCCUCCUUCCAUGACACUUGUCCCGGUAAUAUGGUGGUUUAUGCUCCUGAAUGUUCCUCUACAGCUUCUGUCAAUUGGAUUGAGCCAACUGCCACUGACAACUCUGGUCAUUUGACGAUCGGCUACCCACUAAUUCGACCCCCGAUCAACCUGAGUAUUGGCCUGUACUAUGUCCUAUACUCAGCGUCAGACAGCAGUAAAAACAGAGUCAACUGCACUUUCAUUGUCCAAAUUGCGAGAAAGUCUUGCGUGACACUCGAACCUCCAAUCAAUGGAGUGGUACUCUUCUCGUGUGGUUCUUCCUUUGGUUCCGAGGCUGUUGUCACUUGUAAAAAAGGAUUUCGAAUUGUUGGGUAUCGUCAGCGCUUUUGCAAGGAAGAUGGACAGUGGUCUGGAAACAUGACAAAAUGCGAAAUGGUCAAGUGUCCAGCCAUUGCCCCACCGUCUCGCGGACUACUUGUUCCCAGUUCAUGCAUGUCGGCCUCUGGCGUAUACUAUAAAACACAAUGCUUGUUAUGGUGUAAUGAUACGGCUGGUUAUCGCCUGGAAGGAGCAAGAAAUGUUUCCUGCCUUGAGAGUGGAUUAUGGAGCGCAAAUAUUAGCGAGACGGUCUGUAGAGAUAUACAGCCACCCAGCAUUCGCUGUCCAAGUGCCUUGGAGAAGCCCACCGAAACUGGUCAGUCAUAUGCUAGGGUGACUUGGAACAUACCGGUUCCAACUGACAACUCCAAAAAGCAGCCAAUUCUGAGCGGUUUAAUGCCCCCACAAAAGCUGAAUGUUGGCAGGAAUUAUAUUAAUUACAUAGCAACUGAUUCUUCCGGACUUAAAUCUUUCUGCAGAUUUGCAAUCACUGUCAAAGAUCUUGAGCCUCCCAAGAUUUCAUCCUGCCCCAGUGGUAUCCAUAUUACUUCUGCAAAGAAAUUGACUCAGGUCUUUCUCCCUGGAGUGGUUGUCACAGAUAAUGUUGGUGUCUUCAAGUUUAUGACGAGUAGGCCAAAUGGAAGUGACUUUACAUGGGGAAAACACAACAUAACAUACACUGCAUUAGAUGCCGCAGGAAAUAGGGCUACUUGCGACUUCCGUAUUGAGAUUACAGAUCUUGGAUGUACCGAGCUACGCUCACCAUUUAACGGCGCUAAGGCAUGCGACCUGUGGUUGGACGCUGGAAAGAUGUGCACACUUCAUUGUAACGAUGGAUACGACUUCGCUCACAAACCACCAUCGUACUACACAUGCGGGAUUCGAAGCAGGAAAUGGUUACCAAAUAACGAAGUGCCAGACUGUUCAAAAACGCGCCCGGCAAAAACUUUGCUCGACAUUCAGCUUUACUAUCUAGCUAAUCAAUGUAGCGAGGAAAUUCACUCCCAGAUUUCAAGCAACUUUAUCGCUCUUUACGUGAACUUUUGGGGUCCUCUGAUUGGCUGUGGUUCUGCAGAAGAAUGCGAAAUCGGGAGUGUGCACGUGGAAUGUGGAGACCAAACUGGAAUACUUAAAAAAAGAGAUGUAGAAGAAAGGGAAAAAAAAACUCAAGUUUUUCUCAAAGUACGAUUUUCUCUGAAGGUUCCACUUCCGAUCAAUACUUCAGUGGAAGCUGUCAACGAGACUGCUGAAGAAAUUUCGGAAGGAAUCCUCAGAGUAUUUAACGACACAAAUCUGAGUAUGAACAUCAGUGGAAAUGUUUUAGAGUACGACACAUCAAAAGUACCACAAAUUCGUUUAGAGCGUCUUCUCUGCGACCAAGGGCAAGUUCUGAAGGAGACAAAAUGCGUAAAUUGUCCUGUUGGCUACUUCUUCAACACCACUGAUUGUGAGGCAUGCGGAGUUGACCAGUACCAAGAUAAAGAGGCCCAGUCAUUCUGCUUUGAUUGUCCACCUGGAACAAGGACGUUUGGAGGAAGAGGAUCCAAAAAAAGUGGAAACUGUGAAGCGACGUCCAAUACAAAAGGAAGCUUUCCAAUGGCAAUCGUGGUCUCAAGCAUCGUAGUAGGAUUCCUGAUUUUCAUCGCAUUGGUUUUAUUAUACGUCUUUUAUAAAAAGAAAUACCACAUUUUGAAGAAGGAAUCACGUGUCACGCCUUUGCCUGAGAUUAUGGUGCAUUCAAAUCCAACGUACGUUGGUAACGCUGGCAUUCAAGACAAUGAUCCUUGUUAUAUGGAAAUUCAAGACCUUGAGGACAGCACUUUGGGAUUCGCUAACAUGAAUUAUAAGCCCUACGAUGAAGCUGAUGAAACAUGUGACGAUAACUACAAAAGACAAUUUAAGAGGCCUAAUGAUCAGAUUGCAUAGAGUUUUUACUUUGGUACUGCCUCAGCUAUUGCGUUACACUCCAGUGUAGCUGUCAUAUUCCUACAGACAUAAUAUUGUAUCCUUAAUUAAUACAGGCCGUUGAACUGAACCAUGAGGUAAAAUUUAGUAGCACGAUUGAACUUCCGAACCUCAAUGUGCAUAUUCCCGAUACUGUUCUAUCUACGUUUCGUAAGGUGCUGAGUAAGGGAAUUAGCAAUCAAGAGCUUUAUCUGGUGACCAUUUCCUUUAUUCUUGUGACCUAAAUGUUUGAUUCCGUUAUCAGUUUGUAAGGAGAAUCUAGAUGCUAAUCAUUCUUAGGGGUCAAAGGGUUAAAAGUAGCUGAGACUGAAAUUUUCUUAAUCAUAUUUCGAACUUGGGUCCUUCGUCAAACGUAGAUUGCUUUCCAUUGGAAUACAAGAUGCGAAUUUUAUCCAAGUGAGUUCACAAAACCAUUAAAAAAAAUUGCAUUUGAUUUAAUAA